CCCCCGCGCUGGCGCUCAGCCCUGGGGGGGUGCGGGGGGAGCCAGCCCCUGCGCGGGGCGGUAGGACCCUGCGCCGAGCCCCUCCCCGCCGCCGAGUCGGAGAAGAGAUGCCCAACUUUCCGCUUCCUCCCCGGCGGCGCGGAGCGGGGCGCGGAGCGCGGAGCCGGGCGGGCGGCGGCGGGGCUGGAGCGCGGUGCAGCGGGCAGCGGGGGGGCCCCGCCGCCGCCCCCGCCCCGGCCCCGAGCUGAGCCCCGCCGGGGCGGGCGCACCGCCGCCGCUGCCCCCCGGCCCGGGGCCGGCCCUCGCCUCGCCGCGAUGCCCGGGACGGUGCUGCUGCUCUGCCUGGCCCUCGGGCCGGUCCUGCGCGCCAGGUGUGAGAGCACAGAAGAAUAUGAUUAUGAUUACCUCAGCAUCAAUAAAACCUGGGUCCUUACCCCCAAGGCACAGGAGACUGAUGCCACGCAGAUCCUCAACUCACUGCUGAAGAACUAUGAUAACAAGCUGAGGCCAGACAUUGGCAUCAAGCCCACGUUUAUCGAUGUGGAUAUCUACGUGAACAGCAUUGGGCCAGUGUCUGUCAUCCAAAUGGAAUACACCAUUGACAUCUUCUUUGCUCAGACGUGGUAUGACCGGCGUCUUCGUUUCAACAGCACCUUGAAAGCCCUCACCCUGAACACCAACAUGGUGAGCCGCAUCUGGAUCCCAGAUACCUUUUUUAGGAACUCCAAGCGGGCUGAUUCCCACUGGAUAACUACACCUAAUCAGCUCCUUCGCAUCUGGAAUGACGGAAAAGUGCUCUACACGCUCAGGCUGACAAUCGAGGCUGAAUGUCUGCUGCAGCUGCAGAAUUUCCCAAUGGACACUCACUCCUGCCCUUUGGUUUUUUCCAGUUAUGGCUACCCACGCGAGGAGAUUGUCUAUCGCUGGAGGCGCUACUCCAUUGAAGUCUCUGACCAGCGCACUUGGAGGCUCUACCAGUUUGACUUCACGGGGCUGAGGAACACCUCAGAAGUUCUCAGGACUGGGGCAGGGGAGUACAUGGUGAUGACAGUUUCUUUUGACCUAAGUAGACGUAUGGGUUAUUUUGCCAUUCAGACCUACAUUCCCUGCAUCCUGACUGUUGUUCUUUCCUGGGUUUCCUUCUGGAUCAAGAGAGACUCUACACCUGCCAGGACAUCUCUGGGUAUUACGACUGUGCUAACAAUGACCACCCUGAGUACCAUCUCCCGCAAGCACCUUCCCCGUGUUUCCUAUAUCACAGCCAUGGACCUCUUUGUCUCUGUGUGCUUCAUCUUCGUCUUUGCAGCUCUCAUGGAGUACGCUACACUCAACUACCUGGUGGGAAACAAGAAACCACUUGAGCACAACAACAGGAAAGCCAGGCUGCUGCCUGCUGGUGCACAGGUGAUGCCAUCCUUUACCACUAUCAACAUCAACAACAUCAUGCACUGGCCCCCAGAGAUAGAGGAGGAUGACGAUGAAGAACCUGGCUCCCCGUGCCUGGAAGGAAAGGAAUGUGAGAGGUUCUUCUGUUGCAUUGAAGACUGUCAGACAGGAAUGUGGCGGGAGGGGAGGGUCCGCAUUCACAUCUCCCGCCUGGACUCCUACUCUCGUGUCUUCUUCCCCACCGCCUUCCUGCUCUUCAACAUUGUCUACUGGAUUGCCUAUCUCUAUCUCUAGCCAUUCUUCGUCCUCAGCUGGAAUGGACUGGAGACCAGCAAGACGGGCUUCUCAAGGAGCACAGAAAACAGCAUCUCUUCUGUUGUAGUUGAUUGUCAGCCUGAACAAUCCAACCUGGCGAUUCCCUCCUCCUGCUCUCUCAUCUCUUCUAAGAAGAACCAGACAGCUUUUUUUUUUAGCCUUCUAACAUAUCUUUUUAGAAAAUCUAGCCUUCCCAAACAACUCCCUCUCCAGUACCACCAGCAUUUUACUCCUUGUAAGAUUGCCCAGAAAUGUCCUAUUCCCAUCUCAAACAUUAGGGAUUUUGUCAAAAACAAAAACCUUAAUGUGUUUCAUUUUUCCAUCCAAUCCCACUGGAAAUUUCCAUGGAAAGUGAUGGAAAAUAGAGUUUUCUGCAUAGUUAUUAAGACUGCAAAGGAAAUAAAGUAGAUCUUAAAACUUCUGCACAACUUC